CCAGCGUCGAACUACCUGAGACGCGCAACCAGGCCGCCAAUCAUCAAUCCCUACGACAAGUUUACCGCGUCAGAGUUUAACGCGUGGGUGAAUGACCUGACAGGUGCGUUGAGGAGAGCGUUGGGAGAGGAGGACGAGGUCCCAGACACGGAGCAGCCCGUGGCCGAUCUUCGCGACGUGUCCGUGUUGACCGAGGAGGAGGAAGUCGAGUUACAGCUGGGACUGGAGGAGGAGGAGGAGAAGGAGCCAGAAGUUGAGCCUGAAGACUCGUUUGCGGAGUACAAGUCUAGGAAGACCCUGAAAGGCAAGGACAGGGAUCCUCGCGAGGGCCCUGGCCUUUCCUCUCUUCGCAUGGGGCAGUCUUAUGUCGCGGAGCCUAUGUCCGAUGCAGGUUUUGCAUCUGACGAGUAUGGCUCCGACGAGGCGGCCAGCUCUGAGGGGGAAGAGGACGCUGAGAGCGAGGAAGAAGAAGAAGAGGAGGAGAGUGCGCCGCGCGUGAACGGCGAGGGCAGCUCCGGCCAACCCAUCGAGCUUUUGUCCGACGACGAGGAGCCUCCGACCCGACCACCUCCGAAGCGAAAUGAGUAUCAAGACUUGUAUGACGAUUUGUAUGAACUUUCCGAGGAAGACGAAGCCGACGGGCCUGAUGUCCCAGAUCCUUGGGAGGGUCCGCGCACCUACGCAGAGGACUUCUAUUCAGGAGGUGACAGGCUAGACCCUCACGAGCCGUCCAACCUGACGCCACCCCUUGCCACCGCCGGAGACGAGGAGGAGGGGGGCAUGGUGUUGACUCCGGACGUUGGGGAAGAAGACGAAGGCGAAGAGCCGGAACACGAAGUUAUUGAUAUUGCCAGUGACUCCGACGAGGAGCCCGCCCAAGACAAGGUAGACCUCGAAGAGGACGCAGACGGCGAGGCAGAUGUGAAUGCGUAUCCCCCGCACACGUGGCAUUCUCGUGCGAGCAAUGUUAGGGACGAAGAACAAAACGAAGAGCAAGAUCAGGAGCUCGAACUGCCGCACCAGCCAGGUCGCGCUGGGACACCGCAGAUACCCGACCCUUGGGAGGGCCCUCGAAUGUAUAUGGAAGACUUUUAUUCUGGCGGCGACCGCAUCGACCCUGGCGCAUUGUCCGAUCCGUCUUACCUCACGCCCCGAUACGAGGAGGGCGCUCGCUCUCCCGCUCGGGAAGAACCUGCCGUUGAUGAGCCUCGAUAUUCUGAGCAGGAGCUUAUGGCGGAUUUCAUAGGUCCUCAAGGCUCUGAUGGACGGUUGAGAGACCCACCGCCGCACCUUGAGGCACAAGCUGCGGACGAGGAAAAGGAUGGACAUAUCUCCCAAAACUCCUAUUCGAACCCCUUUGACUCUGUGCAGGAGGCUGCGGAGCGGGUGGCGGAAUGCAAUUGGCAGGAGCUGUAUGACCGUGGUGAUAUUGGUAUGUCAACCACUGCUGAUGAUCCACAGUCGGUCGAUCUAAUCUUAGUCGUAGAGGAGCCGCUUCCCAAUUUCCCUUCGCAGGGAGACUUAUCUCAUGCAGAGGCCUUGCCCACCUUGGCGGGCAAGUCCUCCUACAUGCCUCGAGAGGCUCCCAUGUUUCAGCGGAGAGCCCAAGAGCGGACCCUCGAGGUCGCGCCUAACGGGCACGUUGACUGGACUUGGCCCCCAGCUUUUCCUGUUGAAGGCGCAAGUACGAAGCUGAAUACUUCCGAUUCACCAGAGGAAGUCGAGAACCGUCAGGAAUCGCAGGGAGAAAUAGCUUUCGAACAGUCCGACACUGUUGACGCCGGUAUUGUGGCGGAAAGUGCCGCUGAAGCCGCUGUUUCUGCUGCCGUUCCCGAUGCAUCUCAAGUCGAAGAGAUCAUCAGUGGAGCUGAAGAGUUCCCUCAAGCUGAAGGCGAGCUGAGCCCUGAAGAGCUGGAUGAGGUCGUCAAGGCUGCUCUUGAAGCUGCUGCCUCAGGAGGGGAUUCGCAGACUAUUGAUGCAAUGCUUGAUUUUAGCAUGAGUAUCCCCAUGGACAGCGUCGAGGCUGACGAGAACGUGACAGCUGAUGAAGCGGAUGAGGUCUUUGCGAAGGCCACUCAGGAAGCUGCUGUGGCUUCUUUCGAGGCCCUGUUUGACAUAAGUCACGACGCCGAACCUACGAAGGGAAGUGUCCUCAAUGUCGACGCGGAAGUCAAUGUCGUCGUCGAACCGGAGCAGGUCACGGAGGAAGCAUCGGCCCCUGAGGCGAGCGCUGCAGACUAUACCGUUCCAGAAGUCGGCACGGACGACGACGAAGAAGUUGAUGAACUAGAAGAUGACGAUGUUGCCUCCAUUUCGGCGUCGGAGUACGCUGCGAGGGCUUCCCAGGCUCGUGAGUACAGCGUGGAGGAAGUCCAGUCAGAGCCCAGAUUGAGUGAGGUUCCAGAUGAGGUCGCAUCCGAAGGCCUGCCCAUUGCUGCAGAACCUGCUUCCCCAGUCGAUGACGUCCAAUUGCGGACGACAGAAUCUGAUAUGGCGUUAACUGAGAGACAAGAAGUGGGUCCGGAUGCACGUAUGCCUGAGAGCGAGGUCCAGGAUGAUGCGAUUGCUCCCGCGGAGAGCGCGGCAGUUGAGGAGUCUGAUGUGGCCACCGAACCUACAGCGGAUCAUCAGGACGUCCCAGAAGUCAAACUAUCGGAGCCUGAUGCUGGCAGGGAGGGAACUAAAGACCAGCAGUUAUCUGAACAGGCGAUCGCACUGGAUGUUUCCGAAUUCCAAGUUGCGGAGGGAGCGGGCACUCCGUCUGAACCUGCUAAGGAAGAGACAGUUCUCGAGGGAGCUGUGCCUGCCUCUGACGAAGAAGAAACGUGUUUAGCUGAGGAGUCAGCCGUCAAAGUGGAAGACAAGCACUCCCCUGACACUAUGCCCGAUGGCGUGCCUCUUCCAAUCGUGGCUGAUCCGGAAGUCCCUGAUCCUGCCAGUGUGUCGAAUACUGGUGGAACCACCACUCCCGAAGCAGGAGGAGCUGCGGUGUUCCUCUCUCGUACGCUGUCGAUGGGAGGUCUGUUCACUCCGCAGGGCGAAGGCUCUCUGCGCACCACACCCGAGCGAGACACUGGUGCCACUGCCUUUGAGAACUCUAAUGCUGAGCGAAUCACGUCAGGGACGGGACCGGCUAGACAGAAGUCGGCACUUCAUAUCGAGAGUCGUAUUGAAGAAGCGGACUCUCUGGAACAAAUGAGUGUCAUAUUGCCAGAUGGCCCGGCUAUUCCUGAACUUGCAGCCGAAGCUGUGGAGGUUGCCGUUACCCCGCAACCAGAUGCCUCGGCCAUCGCUGAAGUCGCAGCAGCAGAACCAACAGCUGAGGCUGUUGAGGCUACCGCAACCCCGCGAGCACACGACACGGAGGCCGUGGAGUUGCAUCAUGGAUCCCAGCCCGUUCUCCAUGCGGAUCCCUAUCCUUACAGUUUGUCUACGCCCUCCCUUGACAAUUCAAUAAGCAGUUUCCUUGACCUGCAAACUCGUUCAGGAAUGGUGGAAGCCGGCAAGCCUACAACGGACGACUCGCUGGGGGAGGGGGAUGUCAUGGGUCAUGAUUCAGACCUCGACGAUUUGGAGUUAACAUACCCCGAAUUCCGCUCGCAGUCCCCUGAAGGUGAUGUAGCGGUGCAACCCGCAAGAGCGUAUGAAGCGCCCUCAUAUCGUUAUCCUCCACUCUACGUGGAGGACAUGCCUCACUUACGUCUCGUACAUGGCGGCCCUGUGCCACAAUCUCAAUCUCAAUCAUCGGACGCCGAGCCUUCAGCUGUGUCGACUAGCCGUAGCGGCGUCACCCCCGGCGUUGUGGCGGAAGAGGAGGAAGAAGAAGAGGCUAGACCGGAAGAAGAGGAGGAGUCGGCUUCAGAUGGGUCUCCAAUCACGGGCUCUCUUGGCCUACCGCCAUCUCAUGCCGCUGAUGAUUCGGAGGAGACCCCCGCGGGGACCAGUACGAUAUUUGACUCUGAGCGAGCACAGUCUCGGGAGGUCGCGACUGCGAACAAUCCUCAAGCUGCGACGCUUAGCGGCAAUGAUGCUAAGUCUCCUUCCCUCACUGGCAUAGCCCAUGACACCCGUCAUGCAGACUCCUCCAACAUUAACGACAAUGGUCUGAGUGAGUCUGCGGCACCCUCGCGAUCGCGUAAACGGAAACGGGAUUUAGCGCCCCUCACUUUGCCUGAGCCAAGAAGCGAUGGCAGCGGGAGCACGCCUAACACUACGGCAGCGCGAGUUCGUGCGACCAAAGCUAAAGCGUCGCCCAGAAAAGCGGGCGCACGCGGGAGGAAAACAGCUGCCAGCUCUCUCAGAGCCGCAGAUUCAUAUAGCGAGAGCGGGUCUUCUGGCGAAGCCGCGGCUGUGGCUGCUCUGUUGGUGCCAUCUAGCGAGGUGACCUCUCAUAAUGUCACUACGGCUUCAGAGCCUUCCUCGACUUUCCCCAAGGUCAUGCUGCGUAUAAAGAGGCCCCCGCAGACACAGCAGCAGCAAGCACAGAAGUCUAAGGAAGACAAGCAGGAGGAAGGGCCCAAGGCGGUCGAACAGCCAAACGCGGAGGAGAAAUCAAAGGACGGCAAGGAGUCAAGGGUUGAGAAGCAAUCGAAGGAGGACAAGCGGCCGAAGGAGGUUGAUAGGGUAUUCCAUCUUCAUGGCCGCAAGCCGAAACCAACGGCUCCUACUUUGGGCGUUCCACGACCUCGCUCGAAGCCCAAGAAAGUACCUAAACCUCAAGCAGAGCCCGAAGCCGAACCGCAGCCAGAACCAAGCACGGAAGAUGUGCCUAAGUCUGAGCCCGCCAAGGCAGAGCAGGCACCUGUGGAGGAGCCGCUCCUUUCGCCCAAGUCAGCCUCCAAACCCGAACCUGAACCUGCACCUGAGCACGAGCACGAGCCUGAGCCUGAGCCUACACAACCUGUACAACUGGGUUCCCGCUUACCCGAAUCUUUGCCUCCUGCGCCGCCCACCUCCCCAGUAAAGCAAGAAUCAUCUCCCCCAGCAACAUCAGAAGUUGACACCGCUCCUCCUACUCCCUCACUCAGCCGCAGAUCGCGACGCAACUCGCAGUACAGCUCCCCGGUCACUCGCUCCCACUGUGUCUACCAUAUUGUCAGUAUACCUCGGGAGGAAAAUGGGCCUCGCGUCACGUUCAUGGUACCUGGCUGUGCCCUGAUGAAUCAGGACUUGGUGAAGGAAGAGAAUAUCGUUGAUAUCCGCGAGGCCACCACUGCCGACGAGCGGCGUGCCAUUCAAGACGUAGAAUCGCUUGGUUUCGAUGAUGAUCUCCUCGUUGUGCUCAAAGCGCUUGUGUCGGGCGAACAGCACUCAGUAUUCUACUUGCCCUCUCUAGGCGAAGACGUCACCAGAGCAUCUAAUGACGACGUCGAGUCUAUGAGCGGCUCUGCCUACGUGCACAACGCAAGGUCUGCGGUCUCGAAAUCUGCUGCUGCUUCUCAAACCCCGUCUCCCCGCAAGGUUGUAUCUGCAUCAAGGGCAGGCUCGCCCUCUCGCUCAGUGGACUGGAGACGGGAAGGUAGCAGUGUCAGCGUUCACACAGAAGCACACGCUAAGCAGGAUGAGCAGCUUGAAGAGUCGCGGCUGCCGCCGAAGCGGAGAAAAUAUACCUCUCGUCAGAGCAGCGUAGCCUCCCAUUCUCAAGAGUCCGUGGGCAACAGUCUUCCCGACCCUUCAGAAUCUCAACCUACGUCUGCCGCUGAGGCUCGUCUGAAACCGAGGCGGUCAAGGCGCCUUGGUGUAGAUGCAGCUGCGUACAAGCCGGAGGAAGACCCCAACGCGGGUGAUUCUGCAGACGAGGGUCAGCCGACUACUGCUCGUCGAAGCAAGAAAAGGCGAGGAAAGCGAGGCACCAAGCGAGCGCAUGGGGUCGCUGACGAUGGUGAAGAGGGUGGUGAUCGUGAUACCAAGAGGGUGCGCGUGGAGACAGCAGUUGAACCUCGCGUCAAUGGCGAUACCUAGACGUUGGGCCCUUUAAUUCACUGGUAAUUCUUUUCACUCAUCUUCUGUUUCCCCCAUCGAUGUUUAUUGUUCAAGAUAUCUUGUACUUAUAGUAUACUUGGGCUGUCGUAUAAUCUCUCUUUCCAUGUAAGGUGGGCGCCCAAUAUGAGUACACAUUGGGC